AUGAUCUGCUGUUUGCUCCUCACAUCCACACUGAAGUGGCGCACAUCAACAUCGCUGCCGGUGCACAACCAGCUGAGCGCAGAAGAAUGCGCAAACUGCUCCGCUCUCUUGAAGAGCCUCUUGGCCGAUAUCACGGGACUUCUCGGUGGCAUUGUGUGUUACGGCAUCCCCUCUGACAAAGCCAUCGUGAGCAGCUCAGCCGAGACCGUGCAAGCUUGCGCCCCUUCAGUGCAACAGAAUUCCAACUGCAUGGUGCAAAGAAAUACAUCCUUCAGUGAGAGAGAAUGUGUGACGAGCAUCAUGAAGGACAUGACCCACUACGAGGCGCUCAUCCAGUCCUACCUCACAUUGAGACUCAGAAGCCCCACAGAAGAAAAAGCAAUUCUGAGCACAACCCUGGAAAUAAUCCGCAGCCUGAAGAAUUGUUUCCAGAGAGUGAAUGGAGGAAUGAACUCUGCUGAGGAGGUCACAUCACGUUUGUGGGGAGACAACAGCUUCACCAACCGGUGUGAGAUGUGCGAGAUGAUGAGAGGUUUCCACAUCCGAGCCGUUACCAUCAACAGAGCGAUGGGCUACAUCUUCUCUGGAGAUCACUGGAAGCAGACCACCAGCGAGAUUACAAAAAUUUGA